ACAUGAGUUAUCGGAUACGCUUUUCCCUAAUACCAGUUGGCGUUGCCCUGAUUGCUGUACUUCUGAAGGCAUCAGGAUGGACUCUUUAUCGAAAGAAUAUGGCGUUUGAACGAGUCGAUAAGCAGAUUCAAAUGGAUAUUGAACGGCUUUUUCUAAAUACAUUGUCAAGGCUUGCGGAUUUCAAUAUGGACUUGCCGGAAAAAAUCACGAUUCUAAAAAUGGAAAACGAAGAGGGAAAUACAUUCAGCGAACCGUUUCUCGUCGGCAAUUCGUGGGAAGUUCGCGCCUAUCAUUAUGCUGGUGAAGGACUUUCAAAAUGGUGCUCAGGAUUCGCUUCGAGGACUACUCGACAGUAUUUUGAUUACAAAAAUCGGCGAAUCGAUGUGACGUUCGACUGCAACUCCAAAAAUGUUUUUCCUCCUCUUCGAACAAUCAUCGGCGCCGUUCUAACUGGAAUGUUCUUCAUCGCGACGCUUUUGGUUUUCAGAUUGUUUUCAGCAAGAUUUCAAAUUCGUAGUGGUGCUACCAUGGAUGCAAAAGAAACACCGAUUUCCUUCGAAGAAUCGUUUUUGGAAAUAAUCGAAAAAUGGGAUUCUGCAAAUAUCGAUUCCGGUUUUGAAUAACUCACAUAUGUACUUAUUUGUGUGUGUAAUUUUUAUUGAUUUUUGUUAACUAAUAUGUACAUUUCCCAUUUAUUCACUUUUAUUCUCACUAGUGAGAGAACUCGAAUUAUUAAAUAUUUACGAGUCCA